AUGAUUAUUGGUUAGUUGAUUAUACGUUUGAUCGGCUCGGGCAGGAUUACUGACGCAUUUUGAUGGACAGGUAAAUCCGAGGUAAAGGCGAGCAGGUGAGCUAGCGACAGGUGCACCGCCGCGCGCCAGGUAAGCCUGAUUCCAGCGGUUUGGAGCAAACUUUUCGGGACAGACAGAGAAAAUGGAGCUAACCCCGCCCACUCUCCUUACACCGUGCCUCCCCGUGCUCAUACGCUCCCAACAGGACCAUAACUUCUCUCAGCAGAAGGGGACGUUCACACUGGAGGCUUACUGCCGUCCCUGUCGAGCCCUGAAAGCCGGCCGCCACCGCAGUGGAUCUGACAGCAGAUGGAGGAGCUCUAAGAGGGUCUAAAGAAAUCCAGAGGCUGUCAUUCCUCCAGUGAAACUAGGACAUGGGAAACUGCUCGGGGUCGACUGUGGAGGAACUGCAAGCCUGUGAGAGUCAUCAGUGGUACAGAAAAUUCAUGACCGAGUGCCCCUCUGGACUUCUCACCUUUUACGAAUUCAAGCAGUUCUUUGGCCUGAGGAACCUGUCGGAUACGUCAAACGCCUACGUUCGGACGAUGUUUAUGACGUUUGAUAUGAAUGAUGAUGGCUUCAUUGAUUUCAUGGAGUAUGUGGCUGCUCUGAGCCUGGUGCUGAAAGGAGGAGUGCAGCAGAAGCUCCGCUGGUACUUCAAGCUGUAUGAUAUAGACGGGAGCGGCUGCAUCGACCGUGACGAGCUGCUUCUGAUAAUUAAGUCCAUCCGUGCAAUCAAUGGAAUCCCUUGUGAGAUGUCAGCUGAGGACUUUGCCAACAUGGUUUUUGACAAGAUUGACAUCAAUGGAGAUGGUGAACUGUCCUAUGAAGAGUUCAUGGAGGGGGUCCAGAACGACGAGGAGCUGCUGAAGACACUAACAGAGAGUCUGGACCUCACACACAUUGUCCAAAAGAUUCAGGGAGAGCUUAGAGCCAACGUCUAACGUGGAGCAUUACAGACCCUGAAACAAACAUUUGUCUUUGCCGCGGUCGAACGGGUGAAGGCGUGGGGUUAGGAUCACCCACAAAUCAUCGACAGGACAGACUUUCCUCAUAUUCAGGGGCCAGUAAAGACUUUUCAUGUAAUAGUCAAUGCAAGGACGCAAACUCUAAACCCAAAGUAUGCCACCUCAGACACAUACAAGCUGAUGACUAACAUGUCAGUGCUUCACCGUGAAAAAAGGACGGCAUUUCGGUGCUACUUUGUGAUAAAACACUGUCUUGUCUUCAUCAGCUUCAGGUUCUGAAAUAACUGAAACAAAUUCAAUUCUGUGUUAUAAAGGCAAGUUGAUCAUUAACAUUGUCCAACUGUGACAGUGUUCAGAUGCUUCCUCUGCUGGACUCCAGCUGAAAUGAUCUCUGUCCAUGUACUUCAAGUGCCAUUAUUGCUAUGAAUUUUAGCCAUUGCAUGUUUGACAUUAAAUACAUAUUGCCCUUCGUGUGUUUUGGUAGAAACUCACUGCCUGUAGAGUCCAGAGACCUCUUAACUUCCUUCACUGUAGUGUUUUAUAUAGAGUACAGUAAAGCCCCCUGAGAUCUCUCUUCUUCUGAGCCAUUAGAAGAAUGUAGGUGUUUCUGCAAAGCCUUU